AUCCCAUCUUCUCCAUUAGUACUACACAAUACACUGCAGCCUUCCUUUCUUCUCCAUUAGCACCACCACCACCAAACUCCAUCGUCGGUCACUGCCUCACCGAUGCGAGGUCGAAGGCCCCGGCGCAGCAUCUUCCUCCUCUGAAGAAGUUCCUCCAGGCAGGUGCGUCCCGGGAGCAACUCCAUUGGAGUGGCCAUUGGCCAGCCGAAGGUUCACCGGGCUCCAUCGUCCCGGCCGACGGCCGGCGUGCUGCAGCACGGCGCGUGGCACUAUGUGCCAGCGGCGGGGCGCCGAUAGGCCAGUGGAGCUGCUCGCCCAGUUGUCGAAGACGUCCCCGAGCGCAGCAGCCCGCGCGGGGAGGUGCAGCCCGAGGCUAGCGCUCGACGAAGAAGCACCAGUGUCCGCGUUCAUGGCGCAUGCACCAAUCGCCGAGGGCAGGUGCAUCCCCAGCCCGAAGCUUGCUGCAGAAGCCCCAACGACCACUGUCUCGUGCGCCGGAGUCGGUGAUGGAAGGCGCGGCGAGUCCGGCUGUGCGGGCUCCGCGGGCAGCGCCGGUGGCGCGGGCUCGACCUCCUCCUGGACCUCGUAGUCCAGUGGAAGAGACGACGACGGGGUCGGGCAUGGCCCCCAUCCGUGCACAGGGCAUGGAUGUGGUGGUGGAGGCGCUGCAAGUUCCGGCUCAACGGCGUCGACGUCCAUUGCUCCGUCCACAGGUUCGAGUACUUCGUCCGCGUACAGGUUCGGAGCAGCCGGUCCGGCAAGAAUCCAGGCCGGGAGCGGCGCCGGCGCCGGCGUCGGUUCACGCGAAGCACCGGAAGGCCCAGCACCGUGGCGACCACGGGCGCCAUGCCUAAGACGUGGUGCACGGCGGCGGAAACCGUUCCGGCGGCCACCGAACCGGCGAAGAUCACGGGCGUGGCGGUUGUGGCGGCGAAGUCCGCCAACACCAUGGCGACGGCGACGGCUCUGUCGACGUCGACCGCCGUCACGAACGAGGUGCAUGAAGAAGGAUAGGAGACCACGAGGCAUCCUCUUACCUUCUUCUUUCCUCCCUUCUUUCUUCUUUUCCGGCGACUCAUCGCCGGAGUUGUUUUGCCUUUUCUCUGCUCUCGGUAGAGUUACGGGCUGAUAACGUGUGAUAAUACAGAUUGAUCGAAGUAUCUCUUUCAUUGA